UUCUAUGUACAAACUUUAUAUUAACCAUAUUUGAAACAAUUUAUCAAAUGAACACGCUUGCAAACAAAACAGUAUUGACUGUUUUCUUCAUGCCCCUCAUAUUCUCGGUGGAUACUACAGUUAUUUACUGAAACAAUGGUUUAUAUCUUUUUGCUUAAAAACAACAUCUUUGGAAACGGAACUGAGUGAAAGAAGUUGGCUGCACCUGUGGACAAAUCGACAUAAAAAAAAACAUUGCUAUUGUGGACAGUUAUUAUCCAGAAAUGGCGAAUCGUUAUUUUCCCGUUUUUGCUGAUCCUAGAAACUUUGUCUAUUCCCCGGGAAUGUUGUAUUCCCACAGAGGAACGGAUGGUGUGAUUGGAAGUUUCCGACAUAUUCCGGGUUACGAUAUGAACAGAGUGCUUGCCCCAUCGCAGACUAACCCGGUCUCAGAAAGUGGCAGAACAGACCCCCCUCUGCAGAAGCCCCCCUAUUCAUACAUCGCUCUAAUCGCUAUGGCUAUCCGCAGUGCGCCGGACAACAGAAUAACAUUAGAUGGUAUCUACAAGUUCAUCAUGGACCGGUUUCCUUACUACCAUGAUAAUAAACAAGGCUGGCAAAAUUCUAUUCGUCACAAUCUCAGCUUAAACGAUUGUUUUGUCAAAGUGCCAAGAGAAAAGGGAAAACCUGGAAAAGGAAGCUACUGGACUUUAAAAAAUAAUGGAGAGGAAAUGUUCGAAAACGGAAAUUUUCGACGCAGAAAACGCCGAACGAAAACGGCCAUUCCGAAAUCAACCGAACCUUCCCCAAAUUCCUUGAUGGAAUCUUUCUCCAACAAAGCAAGUAAUGUGAAUUCUCCGGCAAAAAGUGAAAAAAGAACCGCAUCUAAAACCUCCAAAAACAAUUUAAGUACCCAUAGGCCUGGUGUUAUAGUUAAUCAAUCCGUUAUGAAGGAGAAAAAACAGCCCAAAUCUGGCAGUGGUGAUGUGACUUCAGACAACAAGACUGAUGCAUUACGGACUAAGUCAAAUUCUCCGCUGACUCCAAAAGCUGCAAACUUUACGAUAGAACGUUUGAUCGGAACCUCUUCUUCACCUAAUGAAGCAAAGAAGGAUAGUGUCUCUGAUGCACAGGAAGACUUGACUCCUUCUGAAGAGUCUCGAUCCUCGUUUACUUACGACCAAACAUCUAGUCUCAUAUCCCCACUCAUGUGCCAACAGCUUAUGGUUCUAAAUAAGGACAAAUAUCUUACCACUCAUCAUCCAUCGUCUGUCAUGUCUCAGUCAUCUAUGUUGUAUUCGCAUGUGAACUUGUUCAACUCCAAACUUAUUCCUUCUUAUCCAGGCACUCUUGGACUAGCCUGGCCUCAAAUUCCAGUUUUGACUGGACUGACAGAUGUCCUUAAUCACGCACAAGGAGGACCAAUUAUACCCCCAUGGUUUAAUUUUCCACCUGCAACUAAAGCUUUGUGGACAGGAUCUCCCAUGGAAAGAGUGUCUCCUUCAGACGGGGACAGAUGGCGUGAAUGAUCUUGUUGUCAUUUGUUGACUCUUACUUUUCAGUGAGAGAAAUCAUUCAUUAUCCCUGUAAAGCAUUACAAUCAGAACUCAGUAACUGUUUUCAAGGCAGAAGAGCGAAUAGAUCAAAUCAUGUGUAUAAUCAUGUCUGUGUUUCUGUGUAUUUCUUCUCGUAAACCAUGCCUUUAUUCUGAUGUUUAACUGAAGGAAAAUUAUACAUGGAACAUCUGACUUUACAAGAAGCAUGCAUUAGAUCUUAUGUACAUAUGCGAUAUUGUUUUAAUUAGUCUAAAGUUGCAAUAUGUGGAGUGAAAUUUUAUUACUUUCCUUAAUGUUUAUUGAAAAUAAAUAAGUCUCACAGUUUAUAUGAAACUUUACGUUUAA